AUGUUGCGUUUUGUCAUCAAACCAGGGGUACUUCGCUCUCAGUCGAGAAUUUACCAAGGGGGUGGGCUGGGCUUUCAGCGUUUCUUCACCUCCAGUGAUGAAUGCAACGAUCACGACCACAACCACGAUGCCCAAGAAGCUCCCAAGAUACCUGAACAAAUUGUUCAAAUUGAUAAGAGAGUUUUCAAACUCGAGGCACUUCAUCAGCAUGUUGUAGCAAGUAAGCUCAACGAACUUGCAACAAGCAUCAAGACUUCGGAGAAUAAAAUCGAUACUUCCAUCAAGGACAUGGGGACAAAAAUCGAAACUUCCAUCAAGGAAUUGGGUAGCGCCAUAGCAGAGAACAGAAAGAAAUCGAUGACUUGGAUUAGGUGGCUUGUGGGCUUCUUCGGCGGAACAGUUGUUCUCAAAGUUCUUUAUUAUGAUGUCAAGGUUCAAAGCGACCUGCAAUUGUCCCUCAACAAAACUCUCAUCGAAUCUGGACAGCAGAUAAAGAGCGAUAUCCUUAAUUCAGUGGAGGAAAGGCUCGAAACUAAGCCAGCUCAUAACAAUAUCAGUGCUGUGGGCAUCGAGAACCUGCCCAGCAGUGAAGUUUGA